AAAUAGACAACGCGAAAAAAACAGGGACUGGUGGGAAAGGCAUAUUAACGGAAAUAGAUAAGAUGAUUUUGGAUAUUGUUGGAAAGGAAUCUCCAAUUAUUUGUGGACUUGGAGUCUCUGAGUCGUUCGAGGUAGCCCAGACUCAGUCAACAGAAACGCCUGUACCAAAUGAGACUGUCCACCCAAGCGGACAUGAAUGUGGACCAUCUACUUCAAGGAAAGCUAGAAAGAGAAAAGUUGUCGAAAGCACGGGUGAAAGUGACGAUAAAAAUGAAAAGCCGAAACUACAAAUUGAACAUAUAAAAUUACAAAUCUAUAAAACCAAGCUGGAAAUAUUAAAAUUAGAAAAGGACCUCGGGUUACCGUUUUCUGAAUUUACCUCGCAGUUCCAAAAUAACUUCCAAUCAGAAAACGGCAAGACCUAUUUAUCUUUAUAAUAAUUUAUCUAGUACCUAUAGUUUAGAUAUAGUUUAAAUCCU